GCCCAUCUCUGAGGCAUCAACCAUCCCUCCUUUCCCUCCUCCCACCCCAAUUGUGGCUCACGAUGAGUUAAGUCUGCGUGAACAAUUUUCGUUGCCCGAGAACAAAGGCUUUCUUUCGCAAGAUCAUCGCCUCAAGAUCAUGUCACAACGCCUCUGGUCCCCUUCCCAAACCCUCCUCCACACCUCCCUCUCUUCCGCCAAAACUCAAAUCCAAUGUGUCGGCCUGACAAAACACUCGAAACGCUGUCGCUGGGACGUCUUAUCGUCCUCCCUUCCACAAAUCAAUGCCCUGCUCACAUCUCUCUCGUCCCUUUCCCCUGAUCCCGACAACCCUUCCCUUACCCAAAUACUACAGAAAUUAGCACCACUUUGUCUUUGUACCGACUUCCAUCAGCACCAGGCGAGGUCCGUUGUUUCACAAUGGCUGAACACUAUUGCUGAGAUUUCCGAGCUCUCGCAGCUUUCUGGUGAAACCGUCACGUCGUCGCAGAGGUUGGAAGAGGAGCGGAAUGAUUUGGAAAGGCAGUUGAGGGAGGAGAAAGAGAGGGGUGAGAGACUAGGUGAGGAAAUGAAAGGAUUGAAGGAGGACCUGAGGAGCGAGAAGGAGGAAAAAGGGAAGUGGGUUGAGCGGUGUCAUGAAGCUGAGGGUGGGAAGGAGAGGUUGCUGAUUUUGGUUAAUCGGAGAGGGAAAGAGCUUGUGAAGAGUGGGAGGGAGGUCGAGAGGUUGGAAGUACUUUUGAAGGAGUUGGAAGCAAAAGUUGAAAUUGAGAAGAUAGGAAAAGACGAGAGGCAUGAGGAGCAAGUGAAGGUCGUGGAGGAGCUGAGGGGGAAGUUGGAAGAGCAGUGCAAGGUGUCGAAACAGUUGCUUGAGAGAUUGGAGGAGAUGAGAGAUGCGUGCGCCAGCUCUGUUGGGGAGGUGGAGGCUUUGAAAGUACAGCUUAGCACGGAACAACAAGCGUCAAAACAGAGAAGGCAAGCGCUGGACGAAGCCAAAAAGAGAACAACCGAACACCUCGCUCAGACUGAGAGCUUGAAUACUCAACUAUCAACUCUCACUCAAGAAAAUCUGGCGUUGAGGAAUACAGCGAGUGAAGCUGGGACUGCACACGCUGCUCUUUCACAAGCACUGGAAGUAACUCAGGCUCAACUUGCUACUGAGCAGGGGAUAACAGCGCAACUCCGGACAGAACUCAACGAAGCUCAAACAAACCGAGAUACCCUCCUGGCGACCCUGACGGAAACUCAGCAAGACCUGCAAGCCAGCCUGCAAGCCAACGCAGACCAAACCACAGCUCACAACUUAGAGGUCUCUGAACUGCAAAAGAGAAUUAAUGAACUGGAAACAGAACUCUCUCUCCCCUUCUCGAAGAAGUUGAAAAGGAGGGUUAAGAGACUUGUGAAGAGGUUGGGAGAAUCGAUUGGGGUGCCAGGCGAGACGAGGCUGGUUGGUCCUGUUGUGGAGAGAGGGAGGAUAGAAGAACUGGAUCUUUGAGGAAAUAUUUGAAGGCAUUUUUGAAACGGAGAUUUUUGAUACAGUCGCUACCGAAAUCGGCUUCCGUCCAGAAAAUACACAGUCUCAAUUACGCCGUACUAUCUGACUCCUUUCAUGCUGCUAAGCAUAUUCAGCAAGGGGAAGGAAGCCAGGUACCCGAUGGUCUUCAAUGCCUGCUACGGUACUGUACUCUAUCAC